AAAAUACCUUUUUAGGUUAAGUAAAAGUUAGCGUUUGAAUUUGAAAUAUCGUCAUGACCUUUCAAUUUCAAAUUAUGGAAUUGGUGUAGCAGUUUCACAAAAACUGUAGCUUGGCAUCAAUUUCUUCGUUUCCUUUAUCGUUUCAUUUACAUUUAAUAACAUCAUACAAACUUUCUAAUUGCAUUCUUGAAUGGUAAAAGUGAUGUAAGCGAAGCUACCCUUACACUUACUGCAAGUGAUUUAGAACACUUUGUGCAACUUUCUAAAGAAAUACAAUUUACAGAUUCCGAGAUGGAUAGUCAAGAGGGAGAUUCUGAGAAAAACGAUUCUUUUCAAGAUGAUGAGGAUGAGAAAGAAAUGACUGAACCUGAGAUUGGUGCCCAAGAGAUAGAAAUAGAAACAGAAAGAGUCGAUUCUCCAGAUGAGAUUCAUCCUGAUUUCAAGAAUAGUAAAGUCACAAUAGUCCCUCCUUUACGUCCUCUGACAAUAGCACCAAAACCUCCAACAACUAAGGUGCCAAUUUCUUUAAAACCGGCUGCUGUUUCAGGACAGCAAUUAUUUCUCGUUCAAGGUGGAUCUCCUGGUCAAGCGAUUAAAUUUUUAUCACCUCAAGGACAAAGCAUUAGUCUGGCAAAUUUUGCGAAACCACUUGCCUUUAAACCUGCAGUUAAGACGGUCGCUGUAAGUGGUACACAGGGUACAGGGGUGUCUGUUGUGCAACCAAAACAGAUUAUGGUGCGAAAAAUCUCCAGCAAUGUUCAAGGACAAAAAAUUGCUUCCGUUGUGGAUGGGAAGUCAACAGGUAUUCUACUUACUCAGAAAGCAGAUGGAGGACAAACUGUGAAACUUGCCACCAACCAAGGUGGUAGUACGAUAAUUUCUAGCCCCUCCAAGACUAUCACGCUGGCACAAGCACAGCAAAUGGGGCUUUUAACCGGUGCUAAAAUUGUUACUCAACCUGUUACAAAACAGGCUAUUUUUAUGAAUAAAACACAAAAUAAACCGGUAAAGAUUAUGCCUCAGGUGAGUAAAUUUCCUACCAAAAUUUUGCCUGCCCCUCAAAUAACCACAUCUGGAAAAGGAACACAGCGAAUAAUUUUGAAACAGGCUGGAGGAAGUGCUACAUUACUUCCAAAUCAAAUCAUUCAAGUGGGAGGAGCGCAAGGUCUCGCCACUGGGCAGUUGCAUCCUAUAAGUAUUCCAGGGAAAGGGAUCCAAUAUAUAAAAUUUGUAACUGCCUCGACAAGUAACGACACAUCAACUUCAUCUUCCCAAGGAACGAUUACAACCGCAAAACUGUCUUCUGCAGCAGGGACAACUGGAAGUAAACUGAUUGCAAUUGCAACAAGUAAUAACACCACUAAAGUUGCAGGAGUUCUAACGGAGGUCAAGGUACCUGUUACUCAACAUUUGCUCACGAAGCGAAUUUUUCCUUUGUGA